AUCUUCCAGUUGCCGGCGCGUCUCUAAGGUCUCUCAUCACUUCCAGCUCAAAGGCAUCCUUUGUCCCGUUCGCCCAGCCCGCUUUCCCUGGCCCAAAUGCCAACCGACGGAGAAAACGAGACUAAGCACGACUCACCUCGCCGGCAACUGACUGUAUUUUUUUGGCGCCAUUUCUCCACGCGUCCGCUUCCAUAAAUUCCGUUGGCUCGUUUCUUAGAGUUGUUUGUCUUUCCUUUUUUUUUUCGCUGUUUCUUCUUCCUUCUUUCCAAGGCGAAGAUGGAGAAGCGCCGACCGCGACGAACCGGAUCCCGGGAUGUGAGCUCCCGCUUCCUCCUCUCCCCGGCCUCCUCACCCGCCUCCGACGCCGCCGGCAAUGCCCUCUCCCCUCUUCGCCGCAGAUCCAUUUCCGACCCCCCUGGCAAGCUCCGCUUCUCCGCUGCCUCCUCCCGCGGCCUCUGGCCCUCCUCUCGGAAGCCCGGUACCCUCGCUGACCACCUCGGCAACGACCGCCUCAUCGACCUGGCCGAGCAGAACGCCGGCAACAAACCAGCCUCCACCACCACCGCCGCCUCUCCUCAGUCCAUCAUCCGCCAGCGGAGCUGCUCCGAGUUCAGCCGGUUCGAUGACAAGGACGAGACGGAGAAGAAGGGCCGGAGGUCCAAGGAGAACCUCCCGAUCGGCGCGUCCAUGCGGUACAUAGGCAAGAUCCACUUCCCCCCAUCGCCUAAGCCUGGCUCACCUUCCUCUCCUUCCUCCGCUGCGACUCUAGCCCUGACACCCGGCCGGAUCUCGGUGGACGAGAAAGCGCUGCCCCUCCGGCGGAAGUCCGACUUCGGCCUCGACUACCCGAGCUCGGAGUCGGACCGGAGCGAGACCAAGAUCGCGACUCCGAGAAUUCCGAAAUCUGAUGCGGCGAGGGUGGCGGCGGCGAAGGCGAUCGGCAGGGCGAGCUCGAUGACGGCGUACGGUUCGGCCUCGACACAGUGGGCCCUGUCGCCGGGGCGGUCGGGGUCUCCUACGACGGUGGCGGUGGCAGAGGGGAGAGCGGCGGGGAUGGGGAGGUCGUUCUCGAACCUUCGGCCGCCGAGCCCGAGGAAGGGGAGGAAGGUGGGGGAUUUUAUAAGCAUGGGGUUGGAUCUAUUUCACUUUCGAAAGAGAUCGUUUUCUGGGUCUAGCACCGGCGGCGGCGAGGGUUCGUCGCCGACGUCGUCUUCUUCGUACCCUUCGUUGGUCGUAGGUUCUCCGACUGCGGGAGGGGUGGGGGUGAUGGGCCACCAGUUCCGGCUGAUGCACAACCGUCUGAUCCAGUGGAGAUACGCGAAUGCCAGAACAGACGCCGUGAAUCGGAUCGGGAUGGCGAAUUCCGAGAGUACGUUGGUGAUGGGGUGGGCGGAGGUGACGAGGCUGCAGAGCAGGGUGGUGCAGAAGAGAUUGAAGCUGGAGAGGGAGAGGCUGGCGCUCAAGCUCAACACCCUCCUCUCCUCCCAGAUGAAGGCACUAGAAAGCUGGGGGGACAUGGAGAGGCAGCACACUUCAGCGCUCUCCACCACCAAGGACUGCUUGCAGGCUACCGUGUGCAGGCUGCCCCUCCUCGAUGGAGCCAAAGCAGAGCCCCAACAUCUGUCUGCAGCACUUCGACAAGCAAAAGAUGUUACGGCCACAAUUACAACCACAAUCAACAUGAUCAUUCCCAAGGCUCAAAAUACGGUCCCUCUACUUUCGGACCUCGCCCAUGUGAUUGCCGAAGAACGAUCACUUCUAGAAGAAUGCUUCGAGUCGCUGCGCUUGGUCGCUGCCCUCCAGAUCCAAGAGCAGAGCCUAAAGUGCCACCUAAUCCAAUUGACAUCACUGCAACAACGGAAACAGCUUAAGGAGAACAUGGUCAUAAUGAUUAACUAGUCGGAGCUCAAGCCCCAGGCUUUAGAAACUCAGCAUCAGACCACAAUUUUGAUCUGGCACCUAGCAUGGCUUAGGUAACGCAUGCUUCGCAGGGGGAAGUUCAUCAAGGAGCAGUAUACCAGAAAAUGGGAGAAGAAAAUUCAUUCAAUAUUAUGGUUCCGAAAAGAUCUAGUCCACCAUUGGUGCUGUGCUCAUGGUCAGUUAAAAGACGAGGAAUGUUUAUAUGAAAAAUACUCAUGAUAUGUUCUGAAUAUUUAUUUUUUAAAAGUUAUUCAUACAAUAACA